CUUUAUAUGGUAGAAAGCAUCAAGAUCUUAAAGUUAAUAAUUUUGUGAAAAGGUAUGAUGGUGGGAUAAAUAUUAAAUUAUUCAGAUCUAAAAUAAAUCAAAGGGGAUUAAGCAAUAAUAAUGCACAAGCUGAAACAAUUAGUUUGCCAAAUAUCAAAGAAAUUAUUGAUGACUAUGAACUUUAUUUUACAAAAUAUUCAGCAACUGCUAUUGUGAACUUUUAUCUAAAACUAUAUACUGCAAAUGAUA